AUGACCUCGCGACUAGCUGCGUGCGAGGCCUGCCGCAAGGCCAAGCUUGCCUGCGACCACCAUCAGCCAGUCUGCUCCCGCUGCCAAAGCACCGGUGGGAUAUGCAUCUACCGAACAGCGCCGUUCAAGCGCAGGCGUAUCGAGAAACCAAGCACACUUCCCUCGCCUGAUCCAUCGCCAUCAUUCACUCCCCGUCGCAACCCGUACCCCAAUCCGGGCUACCUAGGGUUGUCUAGCCAUGCCGCUAUUUUUGAGCAUAUCGCCACCGAUAAGGGAGACCAUAGUUCGACACGCACAUUGCCGAACAAUGAAGCUCCAAGCCCGCAAAGGGUAGGCGAUAACCAUCUUCUACUCCAAGGGGCAGAAGUCUUACGCCAUCUACUCACGGCCUACCCACUCUCCGCUAUGAAGGAGCUUGCAAAUUUCUGGCUGGCUAAAGGCGCUAAUCUCGCGCUAGCAGAGCCAUUCGUUGCAGACUGCACAGAAAGCGUUAGCCAGCUCUUCAAAUCGCGUGACGAGAACUGGCAUCUUGUCUAUGCAGGGCGGCUGCUGCAAAAUUCUGCGCAGCCGCUGCAUUUUCUUUCCGCAACCCCGCUGUCGGAGUUUUCGAUGCAGUUCCUUGGCCACAAUUCCCGGUGGGAAACCCUCGGGAUAUUUUUCACGGCCGUCAGCCGUGCGACAAUCGAUAUCCCUUUCUUUCCAUCACUGUAUACUUCGGAGGAGGAACGGUAUCAUUUGAGGAGACUCGCGACGAAGCUGAGUGAUUUUGCGCUGGAGAUCUCGUUGUCACUCGACUCCUUGAAUGACUUGCAACUUAUUGUCCAGUAUGAGAAUUUCAUCGUACAUUCAUACGUUGAUGGCGAUCAAAGCUAUCAUUCAUGGCGUAAGCUAGGAGAUGUCAUCUCCUCUACUUUCGCCAUGGGCUACCACGAGGACAUCGAGGCGAAGCCCGAUAUUCCUCAAUUCUUGAUUGAGCUGCGUAAAAGUGCGUUUGCUCGAAUAUACUCUGCUGAUAAGAACAUCGCGAUCUUCCUCGGUCGACCACCGCGGAUGAAUAGACGAUUCUGUCACUUCCAGAUCCCGUCCUGCCAGAUACGUGACCUUCGCUUUGGUACUGCAAUUGAUAGUACUGUGCAAGAUAGACUUGCAUGGGUCCCGGACGCUAUCAUAGGCUAUCGGGCAGAUACACGUUGGUCUGCGUUAUGCGCCUAUCUCAAAGAAGAAGUAUGGGAGUUGUUGCAGGAUAAGCAGGAUCUCGGAUGUGCUAAGAAAGCGAGUUCAAUCCAGCAAAGAGCAGAGGCACAAUGGCAGGCUCUCCCUGCGCACUUUCGACUCCAGAGCAGCCUCAAACAAUGCGGCCAGGGUCCCUUCGAACGGGAUUUUGUCGCACACGUGCGACUCAAUCAUUUACAUGUUCUCUUCCUCCUUCGUCUGCUAUUGUUGAAUACCCUUGCCGAGCCGGACAUACCCAUCAUCGAAACCGCAGCGCAGAUGCUUGCUCUCGUAGUAGAAGUGAUCCUCCUCCGAGACCAACUGACCAAUUCUGGAACCGGACUUAUCUGGAAGGUCGCGUAUUACGGCCUCCCUGCAGCCGGCAUAAUCCUCCUCGCCCUGCUGAAGCAACACUCGCUUACCCCGCAAGGUGUCUCGCGCACGAAGAUCCUGCAGGAUCUAAGCGUCUUUGUCGCCGAAGUCCAGAUCGGAACGAUCGUGCAGCCCGGCGAUCCUAAUUACGCGCUUCUAUCAAAAGCCGCGCAGACUAUCCAGCGAUUUCUGGAUUCCAUCCACUCCGACUCGGUGCAGGUACAGACCGUCCCUGAGCGGGACGAGGGCAGUGAUGACUGGACUGCGCUGCUCAGUCAAGAUCUGUGGGACUUUGAGGCGGGCUUUUGGCAGAGCUUGGCGGAUCAUCCGGCGUUGCUGGUUGAUUCGCCGCUGCCGGGUGUAUAG